GUGUUUCAAAGACUUGACCCUCUUAGCCCUGCUGCGCUCUAUGUACUUAUUGCGCGACUUCUGUUAUUAAUGUAUACAAGUUAUCUAAUAUAUUCCAGCUUACCAACCUUUAAAACUGAGUGCACAAUGGACCCGACCAACUCUUCUAUCACCCUCCGCUGUCUCUCCUUCUCAGAAGGCAACAGACUCAACGCAUUACACAUGUUCAAUGUCUAUAUACCCUCAGAUACUGGGACGAAUUUUGAUGUUGCUAGACUCAGAGCAAUGGUUUUCGCUCAAAUGGCUCCCCCAGGCAGGACCACCUAUAAUGCCAACCAGCUGAUAUUAUGGAAGAUUAACUUCAAACUUCCUCAUGCAAAUCUAGGCGACGUACAAAGGAUGCUAGAUGAAAUCCACAUCGACCAUAAAGAACUCAAGGAGGUUCAAGCGCGAGUCACAAUACUUCAUCCAUUCGCAGAGCUCACUCCCGAAUUGGCGAGCUGGGCAGAUGAUUCAUGUAUUCAUAUACUUGUUCAAGAACCUUUGAGAGGCCCAUAUGCAGGAUCACUUGCCAACUAUGGAGGGACGCCCGGUAGUGGUAAAUCAGUGCUAGCGGAGCUCCUUAUAAAUUAUAUCCAGAAUCAAGAACCAGACGCUGAAGUUAUGUUUGUCUCGGGCUGGAAAGAUCAAGUAAAUUACUUCCAUGAAAGGGUGGAAAAGUAUGGAUGGGAUAUCAAGAACCCCAAUUCCGUCCUUGUAGUUGAUGAGGCACAGGACACCUAUCGCGAUCAAGAGCUCUGGACGGGGACAUUUAAGAAGAUCGCCAACGAAGACUGGGCACAUAUCAAAGCGCGAGUAAUCCUCUUUUCAAGUUAUGGAAGUGAAUCAGCACGAUUCUUGAACUUUCGCACCACACCGAUAGUCCUUGAUGAAUCUCGGAGAGUCGGCUUAUGGCCAGUGGACAAUGAUGAGGGGUUGCCAUCUGUUGGCCUCUUUCUUUCACCAGAAGAGUUUCCUUUGAUUGCUUCAAAGGGAAUGCGUGGACAUCACUUUGACUCCACAUUUCUAAAGUGGGUUUAUUGG